GUUUUGAAUACGGAGGAGGAACCCCAAAAUGAAGAUGAGAAAGAACUGGAGGAACUCAGAAAGCGUGGCAUCGUUCCUCUCCCUAAGCCACCACCAGGCGUUGGACUUCUGCCAACCCCACCAGAGCAAUAUCCGUUUUCUGAGUCUGAUCUAGAAAACUAUCAAGAUCCUUCAGGAGACUACAAGAAAAUCCCAUCUCUCUUCGAAAUAGUUGUGAAGCCCACUGUGGAUUUAGCACACAAAAUUGGAAAAAAGCCACCGACCUUCUACAACAGCGCAUCGCCACCACGACCACCGUUUCAGGGAAACGACCCACAUUCUCAACAUAUGUACAAUCCAGGUUCGAGUCCAGGGCCAGGACCCGGCAUGUCACAAGGACAUAACGGGCCGCCGAUGCACCCAGGUUCUCCCGGACACCAUCCCUGCGGAGGGCCUCAAGGCCCGGGAAUGCCACAGAGCCCCCCCAUGCAGGGCGUUCCGCCAGGCUUCCUCGGGCCGCAGAGCCAGACUGGUAUGCCAAUGCAAGGGCAGCAAGGCGGGCCGCCUCUCACGCCGCCGGGGCUCGGUGGAUCGUACAACGCCCCGGGAGUUCAAGGACAUAUGGUGAAUAUGCCGAGGGAAAAUCACUGCCCUCCGGGGCCGCAGUACCAGCAGAUUCCCGGGGAACGGCAGCCCAAUAUGAGUUACGAGCCCAUUCAGAACCCGGCUGAUUUCUAUGACAAUUACUACUCCCAUCAAGCUGUCCAUAACUUCCAGCCAGCUAAUAACUCCGGUGAUGGAACAUGGCAUGGAGAAUUUACAGAUCACCAGGCUCACCUCAUGGCUCAGGAGUCGCACCAAGGUGGAAGCGAGUCAGACUGCAUGGGCAGCCACAUGGGCCAUAAACCAGCCAUUAACGUCCCGGAUUUUCUUCCAGCAAUGCAGAAGGCCCUCUAUGUAAGGCUCAGUCAAAAGCAUCAAAGAGAUGGAGACUCUGUCAGCAGCCAGGGUCAGAGGGCAAUGAGCAAAGACGAAGAUGACAACGUCAACUGGUAUUCCAGUAGUGAAGAGGAGGAGGGGAGCAGCGUUAAAUCAAUACUAAAAACCUUAAAGAAACAAAGUGAAAAUUUUAGGAAUCGGCAGCAACAUUCCACAGAGCAGCACAUGCUCGGUAUUCCUACUGAUCCGAGGCUGGCAAAAGAAAAAGGCGCAGUGUCUCAGGCUGCUGACCCGAGACUUCGGGCCUCUCCAAGGUCCAACCCCAGGAAGCCGUCAGAAUCCUCGUCCUUGGACCCCCGGCUCGUCCGAGACCCCAGGAUGCACAAGGUCAGUGAGGGUGGCCAUGCCAGCUCGUCCCUUGGGGGAGCGAAGCUAGAUUUACACCACGCCCACGCCGGGGUUAAAGUCAAGCAGAAAGGGAUGGAUGAUGAUGAAGAGGACUCGGAAAGAGAACUGAGAGAACGAGCUUUCCUGAUACCGUUGGAACCUUUGCCCGGUGUGACGUUAAGGGAUCCCCGAUCUCAGCUGAGGCAGUUCAGCCACAUCAAAAUGGAUGUUACCCUGAUGAAACCAAACUUCGCCAAGCACAUCGUGUGGGCGCCCGAGGACUUGCUCCCAAUCCCUCUGCCUAAGCCUGACCCCGUCUCUUCGAUCAAUUUACCUCUUCCUCCUCUCAUCGCUGACCAGAGACUUAAUAAACUGCGGAAUCUGAAGAACGAUCCCCAUCCCGGCGCGAUGCCAGCCGACCCGCGACUGGCUGCGAAGGCGAAAAACAGCUUGGCGAGCAGGAGCGGCUACUUGGAUCCGUCGGCGGAUUCGCACGCCAGUAGCUCGAGCAAACUGGGAGAUCCCCGCUUACAAAAAAACGUCGAUCCCAGGCUCCACAGACUGUCGAGCGCGGAGACGCACCACGGAGCCGGGAAGGAUUCCCACCCGCCCAAGUUUGACCCCCGCCUCCCGGAUGCUCUGCCUCCGUACGCGCCCAAGUUAUCGUCGAGCGGUGUCCGGCUGGGAACUCCGGGCUCCAUCCUGAGCGGUAUUAGUUUGUACGAUCCGAGAGAUCACAGCUCGUCGUCGGACGCGGCGCCGGCUACUUCGGGAGAGAACGGAGAGAACCAGAAAAAAAGUAUUUUGAAAAACUCCGGUAAAAACGAACCCAGUCUCUCGGAAGACGCUUCGCUGCAGAAGGCUGCCUCGAACGUGGAGAAGAAUCCGGAAGGAUCAGCGGAAGCUCCUGCAGAUAAAGCAAACAGCACCAGUAAACCUCAGGCUAAACACUCCAGCGCUGCCCCGGCGGUGCAUAAUCUCCCGAUCCAAGCGCUGUCGGGAUUGAUCAGACCGCAGUACAGCGCCCCGAGGCAGGUCAGGCAGCCGGGACAGGCCGCGCAGGCGCAGGAGAGCGAUCCCGACGGGGAGUCGGAUGAUAAAUCCUUAAAAGAUGUUUUCAAGACUUUCGAUCCAACCGCUUCACCGUUUUGUUAGCAAUUGGUUUUAAGUCUUUUUACCGUUGUGAAUAUUGCAGUUUUCUGCUGGUUUUGUAACUGGUUUACCUCUUUGCUUUAUUUAUUUUUAAAUUAUAAUUAUCGACACUUUUCAGCUGCUAAUCUCGGAACCACAUGCAGUUCGACAGUACGCUAUAGUGUUUGCAAAGCUGUGGUAUUUUCUAUAUAAUACUUUUCCAAUUUCAGGGAGACUAAUAAUUGACCUGUAGAAACGCCCCCAUGUAUUGUGUUAGAGCUGAUAAAAGCACUUUCAUUGUAAAUAAGUCAUGAGGAAAGCCCGGAGCCCUGUAUAUGUGUGAGCUGUCUCUUUCCUAACCAACAUUUAGACAUGAUUGCCACGUUUGUAUGAUUGUAUAGACACAAGCAAUAUUAUGUACAUUACUGUGAGAGACGCUGUUGGACAAGGAUUGUCUGCCGCAUCAAGCCAAACCUACCAACUGAUUGAAAUCCUGCGCAAAUGAUUUCCAAGGAAAACGUUGAUCCUCCUUUUCUGAUCAGUUGAUGUAAGACAUGGACAGUUUUUAUUCAUGCAGUCAAUAUUCUUAGUGUAAAAGAGACCUAUAUCGCAUAUUGAGGAUUAAAAAUGUCAUAUCUUUUAAAAGUAUUUUAUUCUAUGCUGUAUAUAGAAGAAAUUGUGAAGUACAUAACUAGAAGAAAGUUACUGUUAAAAGUGGAGAAUACCUAAGUUGUCUAAUACAAAAAAGGUUUUUAUUUAAUUUUUUUCACGCAUACACGAUUCUGAUUAGUGCUAUGAGUUACGUUGUGGUGUUCAUGUAUUUCAAUGUAUUUUUGUAUUCAGCUGCUUAAUUUGUAUUGCUUUUUUUGUAUCGAUGUAACUGCAGUACUUGUAUUCAUGGUGUCUUUAUGACAUUUUUAACAAAAAAAUUAAAAAGGGUACAGUUAAAGCCUGGUAACGACUGUGGUGUUGACACGUUGGCAGCUAGUUCAGCGUUGGGGAAGGAGCAGUGGGGGUGUCUGGAGGACGAAGGUGACUAAACCUGUCCCAGUACAGCUUUGCCAUCAGAUGGAGGUGGGUUUUUAAACUAA